CGCGGUUCGCGCGUUGUGUAUGCGGAAUGUCCUUGUGUAUUAAAUAUUUGAACCAUUUAUUAGGCCACGAGUAGGGGGUGGGGCUGGCGACGACCAGCUGGAGGAUCGCUGCUGCACCCACACAUAUACACAGAAAUGCGUGCGUAUGGGUUUUGUGGGAAAUGCGGUUAGUUGGGUGGAUUAUGGUGCUUUCUAUGAGAAAGAGCAUUAACUACCGGUGGCUGAAUUAGUCAGAUGUACGAGAGAGAGGGAGAGACAAGAUGCAGCACACACGGGACACGCGCGUAGGAGUGUAGUACGUAUUAAGAAUCAAAUUAUAGUUAAUGUACUUUAAACAAUUUAGAAGUUCAUUUGAGCCCAACAGCAAACAGCAAGUCACGAAUCGGAGCUGCCACAUUUUUACCGGCUGGCUCAAUAGACAUAAAGAAGAAGAAAAACACAGAGAGAGAGAGAGAGAGAGAGAGAGAGAGAGAGAAGAUGGCAGGUCGUACAAACAUCUAGGAGCCACCUACCAUACUUUUGGCUGCAAAAUUGCUAAAACAGAAGCACUACACCGCGUUCGAACCGCGUAACUAUCGCGUAAGAUGAUUUCUCCACCACCAACACCACCACUCUCGACACACGGUUGUCCCCGUUAAGCAUAAAUUCCAGCAUCAAGUAUACAAAACAUAAAUAAAAAAAAAACAAACAAACAAACAUAGCAGCAUAUUAGGGUUCGUGCUCAAAUGUGUACCGCACACAGACAGACAGGCAGACACACACAAACACAUCUCCGCUGGCCUAAGCCUAAACUGUUGCAGCACCGUAAAAUGCUACUGUUAGCUGUACUUGUAAUUACAUGCAAUAGCACGUUUAGGAUGCAGACGGAGUUCUCGUUGUGAAGCUAUGAGCUUUAAAUGGAGUGACAUUAUUGUUUUCUUUAUCGUAAAACAGAAGUAACAACACACACACACACACCCAUACACAUGCGAACACGAAUGAAGAAGCAGAGAAAUAGAAACUUUACUACUUUCCAAAAUCACUCCCGCUACUCCCGUUUUUCGAAAUUGAUUUCCCCCCGUUCCCUGUCUGUAAGUCUGUCAAAUUGAUAUAAAAUGCUACGUGGAGUGUGUUCUUUCAAUAAAACAAAACAAAAAAAAGGUAAACUUGUGAAACGGUAACGCGUACACGAACAUGCGAACAAAUUGAUGCGAAUUAGCUAAGACAUAUUUCACCUUUGAUUAUCAAUAACAAUACAAAGAAACAAAAGCAAAAAAAAUAAUAAUUCCAACGAAAUUUCAAAUAAACAGCGAUAAACACGUGUUUGCUUAUGAAACGAAGGCACAUUGAUAAUCCUUUCAAACAAGCUCUCAAUUAGAAUGUAAUACUUCUCGCUCUCAAAGAAAUUCAUCCUAUAAUUCAAAUUUUUAAUAACGGAGAAAAGUAAGAAAAAGAUGGAUACUAGAAAAGAAAAAAAUUAAAAACACAGUACGAUCACUGAGCAGCAGCAGCAGCAGGAAAGGUAAACUGAAAGUAGCAAACAAAAGAAAGGUUCGAACCGAUUUCUCACGAAGCAACACAGAUGAGCGGAGAAAACCAGGAAACGUUUACCAAACGACAGGGCGGGUGCGCAAACGAGGUGUGCAGAGUGUGAUGAAGAUUUGUCCGGGGGCUGAAAUCAGAACAAACCGCGAAUAGAGAAGCAUUUAAAGCAGUAAAGCGUUCUGCUGCAGUAUGUACUAUUGAAGUUAUUGAACCAUAUGGGCAGGCAAACGAGGCAGACGACUAAUCCCGCCAGGCCGGUAAGAACGUAACACACACACACACAACAAAUUUCAAACACACACAGAUACAUACAGACACAGCCAUACCUACUCUGCCAUGAACGCCUACUGAACACACACCGCCAGUUGAACGAUACCCAAAGAGUAAUUCCGCGGCCGGAGCCAGGAUCGGCCUCUUCAAAAACUCGGCCACAGCCACGGCCGCCGAGGGUAGGCCACGAGGCCACGGGACAAAGAAUAAGAUAACAGAUAUGAUACGCAUGGGCUCAAUCACGUAUCAUAUUCAAUAUAAACGGAACAAGUAAUGAAAUAUUACAAACACAUAUUAUUAUGCUAGAGAAAAGAAGAAAAAUGAAAAGAAACGUAGUAGUAAUUAAAGUAAUAUUUAACAAACAAACAAAAACAUAAAUAAAUAAUUAUGAACGAUGAAUCUAUAAACGUAAAACAAAAAAUAGAAUGCAAUGCAAAUCCAACACACACACACACACACACAAAUGAAUGAAACAAAAAACAAUACUACUCGUGAAUAUCUAAAAAAAAAAAAACAAAAA